AUGGAGAAAUAUUUCAAAAGAACCUCAUCAUUGGAGAUUGGAUUCCAAAACAAUUCAUCGACUUCUUCUAAUAAAAGGAGGUUUUUAGAAUUUGAAGUAGAUAAUCUUAUAGCAGAUCCAGGACAACGACCAAAGAUUUCAAGUUAUCACCCGAAUGACAGAGACAAAGUUAGAUGUGCAUAUUUGCAAAAAGGUCCUUGUCAACCAAGGACUCAUGAUUUUCCACAAACUGCUUAUGGUUCUUCUUUUCGAAGACUUAAUCCUAAUUGGUUUGAUGACUAUGGCAACUGGUUAGAGUAUAGUAUAUCAAAAGAUGCUGUUUUUUGUCUUUGUUGUUAUCUUAUGAAACCCGAGACGGAAGGUGGUGAUGCUUUUGUAACUAAUGGCUUUUCAAAUUGGAAAAAAAAGGAGAGACUACAAAUUCAUGUUGGGAUUCAUGAUAGCGCUCAUAAUCAGGCUUGGAGAAAAUGUGAAGCACUUAUGAGACCAAAACAACACAUCACUGCUGCUAUUGAAAAACAAUCUGAGCAAGCUAAAAAGAAUUAUCAAAUUCACUUGACAGCAACAGUUGAUUGUAUUCGAUUUCUUUUGCGACAAGGAUUGGCCUUUCUUAGAUUAAUUUCUUUAUUUCCUUCUGUGGUUAAUGUUCUUGAAUAUGUUGAGGAUGAUGGAAAUAAUUCAGAACAAAGAGCUGAAGCAUGUCAUUUAUUGAAUGCGUUACAAAGGAAUGAUCAAGAUAUUGUAAAUGCUAUGGUAUUAGUCAAAGUGUCUAAGCAACGAUUGCAAAAUAUAAGAGAUGAUAUUAUUGUUCCAAUCAUGGAUGAUAUAUUUGUGUCACAAGGAAGAUCAAGACGUAAAGUUCAAAAGAUAUCAAAUUUGCAUCAUUUUCAAGUUGAGAUAUUCUAUCAAGUAGUUGAUAGACAACUUCAAGAACUCAAUAAUUGUUUUACAGAGGUGAAUACUGAAUUGCUUCUUUGCAUAGCUUGUUUGAAUCCAAGACACUCAUUUUUUGCAUUUGAUAAGGAGAAGUUGAUCCAGUUAGCUCAAUUUUAUCCAUUAGAAUUUUCUUCCACUCAACUUUUGGCACUUGACAGUCAACUUGAGAACUUCAUACUAGAUGUGCGUUCUGAUGAUCAUUUCUCGGACUUAAAUGGAAUUGGUGCUCUUUCGCAGAAGUUGGUUGAGACUCGAAAGAAUAUUAUUUAUCCAUUAGUGUUUCUUCUUUUAAAGUUGGCUUUAGUUUUGCCUGUAGCAACUGCAUCAGUUGAAAGAACUUUUUCUGCUAUGAACAUCAUAAAGAGUCGACUUCGUAACCGUAUGGGAGAUGAAUUUUUAAAUGAUUGUUUAGUGACAUACAUAGAAAGAGAGACAUUUGAUUGUAUUGAUAAUGAAAAGAUUAUUCAAUCUUUUCAAAAUAUGAAACCUAGAAGAAUGGAAUUCUAA